AUGGAUUCUCCAUUUGACUCUCCGGAAAAUACUCCUCCAAGACACUCGAGUAUACCAACGAUCUCGACCUCGUCUUGUACAGAUCCAGAACCUAGACAAAUAAAUCGAGGUUUCACUUUACCAACACCUGGGUCUCCUAAACGUGGCUAUAAAAAACCUGCUAAACCUCGAGAGUUUGCUAAAAGUGCUAAAAAACGUCAAUCUGUUUUAGCUCUGGGUAGUAUUACUCAUUUACAACAUUUUUAUGCAAAGAGAGGAAUAAUUUUUAAACCAAAAAAACCAAAAAAUAAACAAGAAGCUGAGAAACUUAGUGUAAUCACAAAUAUGUCUGACCUUUUAAAUAUUACUGAAGAACCUGAUGAUUUUCCCCCUACUCCUCUACCACCUUCUCCCCCUCCACUCCCUUCUUUCAUCACUAAUAAAUUGGAUGUUGAAACUGAUCCUGAUGUCCUUUUGGCUAAUUGUCACGCUGAUAUUCAAGCAAUGUUAGAUGCUUGGUGUAUGGUUACUGGUGAAGUAAAAGCUGAAGCUGAUCCUGUACCUGUGGAUGUUUUGGCUGCUAUUGAAACUACUACAAAAGCUCUUCAAUCUGUAAAAAAUUAUUCAAUGUUUAAAGAAGAUCUUUCUGAUGAUGCUCUUUCUAAAAUUCGUGCUACUGCUUUAGAAGUUCUUGAAAUGAUUAGUAAUUUAGAAAAAGAACAUCGUGAUGAUGACACUGAUGAUAGUAGCAGUGAAGAUGGCCAUAUAUACAAAGAAUCUAAUUAUAGAUCAUUAGAUAGUCAACGUGAAAUUUUGAGAAAAUAUUUAUUGGUCGUCGAGGAUAAUUUACUCUUUGAUGAUAAAGAUAUUUAUCAUAAUGUUUCUUAUUUAAGAACUUCAACUGAUGAAGAAAGGAAGGGUAAUGAUGCUCCAAUAACUCCUCCUUUAUCACCUGGUCACCCAAAUAGUGAUUGGGUGGAUCCUGAUAAUUUUGGUGCUCGUUAUCAUGCUUUUUUGGAAGCUCAUCGCCCAUCAAAGUCUAAACAAGCCCCUGGUUAUACUCCACUUCCGGAUCCUUCUAUAGAUAAAACUGAAUUUUUGGCUUCUUUAGCCGAUGGUAAAUUACUUUGCGUCAUUUACAAUACAAUAGUACGACGUUCGAAACGUCCUUUCGGUUUUAUCGAUAAGAUACAUGAGGACACAUCAAGAACCUAUCGUGCAACUGAAAAUUUAAAAUUCUUUAUAGCAUUCCGUUUCGAUAUCAAAUUUGACGAUAUUAAUGUAACAGAAGUUGUCAAAUUGACAAAUACGGGUAAAGCUCACUUGGAAAAAAUUCUUGAGAUAUUUUGUGAAAAAGCUAUGCAAGAACUCAUAUCAACUGGUUCAUAUAAACAAUAUCCUUUAUCACGAGUUUCAUCCAUGUACGUGCAUGAAGCUUUCUCAAAUUCACAGAUACAACUCCAAAAAGCUAAGAUGGCAGGUGUUAGUUCCGAUGAUCUUGCUUCUGCAGUUAAUGCCAAACUGUUUGUCCAAUCAAAUAGUAGUGAAGAUAGUUCAUAG